AUCACCAGCUACUCUAUAUGCUAAUGAGAAGAUUAUAAUCAAUGGAGUUCACACAUGAUUGACCCAAAUCAAUGCGCUUUUCAAUAGGAAAAUAACUAAAAUGGCAUCAUAGAGUUAGACACUUGGAUGGCUUGUUAAUGGGUUGAAUCAAACCAAAGCUUUGCCAUUAUUCUUUGUUUAACAUGAAAUUUACAUUCAAUCUGAAAUCUGUCAGGAAUGGUUGGUAAGUGAUCUUUCUUGCAAUUUUUUGACAUGUAACAUGUUUUUAUUUUAAUAUUCCUCUUUGUUUAUAUGUUUUUUUUUUUUUUUUUUUAUAGUGCUUAAACUUUAUUUUCUUUAACGCAUCUAAUUAUUUAUCUUUUUUAAUUAUUUUACCUUCAAACAAAUUGGCUAUUUGCUUUUAAAGUACUAUGCUUAAAAAACAAGAAAAAAAUUAGUAUUCAGGAAGCAUCAGAGGGGGAGGAGAGAAACAGUAAAAUCAUUUCCAUCAUAUUCAUUAGCGAGCAUCCUUUUGUCCAAUCAAAGUGCUGCUCUGCAUGGGGAUUCUGUAGACGCCCUAUUGGCUGUUGCUAGGCUACCACAUAAUCAGGAGGCAGGCCAUGGCCUGGUUGGUAGACUGUGUUGUUAAUACUGGUACGGCAGUGUGUUGGGGGUAGUAGACAAGAGGGGCUGGGGGUUUGAAUAUAGCACAGAUUCACCCUCGUGCACGCACUCACUCAUUCACGUAGCCGUCCAGCCACAGCCUGCCACUCAGUCAGGGAGACAAAGAGGAGCAGCAUCCUGCAGGAGGACCACACGCUCCCGGGGGAUGGGGCAUCAUACCCCUGCAUCACGGGGCUGUCGGAGGAGGCACAGGAGAGCCAUUCAGAAGAGCCGGGGGUCAAAGGUGAGAAGAGCAGAGGGCACCAUGGAGAGUGAACCCGGGGCCCCUGCCUCCACUGCCAACAGCAUUGGGACCCUUUCUGCUACCACGGCCGCCUCCUCUUCAUCUUCCACCUCCUCUUCCACCACCAACUCUUCCAGCACCACAUCUGUCAGCACUAGCAGUACCUCGAAUGCCACCACCACUGCUUCUGCUACUUCUGCUAGUAGCAGUAGUAGUACUACUACUACUAGUAGUAACACUAGCAGCAGUGUCAACAGUAGCACUACAACUGGAAGGCAAGCGAUGCCCCAGAUAUCCGUUUACAGUGGAAUUCCUGACAGGCAGACGGUACAGGUUCUCCAGCAUUUUAACAGACAACCAAACACUGCAGCUCAGUACCUCCAGCAGAUGUACGCCGCUCAGCAGCAGCAUUUGAUGCUGCAGACUGCGGCCCUGCAGCAGCAGCACAGCCUCAGCACCGCCCAGCUGCAAAGCCUCGCUGCAGUUCAGCAGGCCAGUAUCGCAGCUGGCCGGCAAACGUCCUCACAGAACGGCACUUCAUCUCAACAGACUGGGUCCACUCAGGCCACGAUCAACCUCACCACCUCCCCAGCGGCUGCUCAGUUGAUUAGUCGGGCCCAGAGCAUUAGUUCCACCCCCACCAGUAUUUCCCAGCAGGCUGUUCUGCUCGGCAGCCAAUCCAGUCCAACCCUCACAGCCAGCCAGGCACAGAUGUACCUGCGUGCACAGAUGGCCCAGCAAAGUAACCUGGUGCAGGUGGCUAGGAACCUGGGGCGGGCUGUUCCUCUGUCCCCACAGCUCAUCUUCACUCCAGCUGCCACAGUGACCGCUGUGCAAUCAGACAGCUCUGCUCAGGCCUCUUCACAGAAUCAAGUUCAGAAUCUGGCGAUACGUGGCCAGCAGGGGGCGACCACGUCCUCCUCUCAGACUCAGACCUUGCAGGCUCUCAGUCUGAAGCAGAACCCAGUUCCCAUUCAGCCCGCCUCACUGGUCAAGAACCCCAGCCAAGCGGCCCAGUCCUCCUCCGGGGGAAAGGCCGGCUCCUCCGACACCUCCUCUGAUGGAGGGAAGAAGGGGGACGGUGUAGCGGUCACUGAGGUUCGAGCUAUAAACAUGAGCCGCAGCGUUUCCGCUGUCAGUGCUCAGCCUCUCAUCGCCCCUGCGUACACUCAGAUUCAGCCUCAUUCCCUGGUUCAGCAGCACAAGCAACAGCAGUUUGUGGUCCAGCAGAGUUCCCAACGGACGGCGGGCCAGCUACUGCAGACGGCCUCCAUUCAGCCGUCCCAGCACCCCGUCCCCGUGCUGCCCAAGCCCGCUCCUCACCAACCCGCCACUCCCAGCCAGCAGGCCACCAUCUUCCACUCCACCAUCAGCCCUCACGCUCUCCACUCCUCCAUCAACCACGCCAAAGCUCAGCCCGUCCAGCUCACUGCCAUCAACCUACAGAUUCAGCCAACGGCUGCUCGACUGCUUCAGGAAAGUAAAGACAAACCAACCUCUUUGGUGGUCAGAGAGACGAGUCAGCCUCCAUCCACGCAGCAGCGACAACAACAACAACAGCAUCAUCAACAACAACAUCAGCCUGCGUCCUCCUCAUCACAAUCAUCCAAACUGGGAGAACAACCCAAAGUUACCCAGGCCACGCCUCCUGUUCAACCACAAGGAUCCAAUUCUGCAAAGAGACCAAGUGCAGCGACAGCAGGGUCCCCAACUCCCACCAUGACUUCAGGAAACGAGAGUGAGGCGCCCACCGUGAUGGGCAGCACGCCACAGAAUGGAGAGAACAAGCCGCCACAGGCCAUCGUCAAGCCUCAGGUCCUCACACAUGUAAUCGAAGGGUUCGUCAUCCAGGAGGGAGCAGAGCCGUUCCCCGUAUGUGUGGAGCGUUUGCCCAUUCUCAUUGACAGUCCAAAGAAACUGGAUCAUCAGCUGUCCUCAGAUCCUGACAAAACUCCAGUCAGCAACGCUGCAAACACAGACUCUGAGCCCGAGGAUGUAAACCAGCCGGAGAAAGAAGAACCCAAGCUGACCUGUGAAUACUGCGGCUGGGUAGACUUUGCCUACAGGUUCAAAGGCUCCAAACGCUUCUGUUCUGUGGUUUGUGCCAAAAGGUAUAAUGUCGGCUGCACAAAGAGGAUUGGACUUUUUCGUCCAGAAAGGAACAAACCGGCUAAUCGCUGGCGUCGGAGACCCCAGGGUCGGCCAAGUGUAGAGGCCAAAAAGCAGAAACUUUCCCCCUUACAGCAGAACCAGGGUGGCUCAGUAUCCUCCCCACACGCCUCUCAGCCCAGUCAGGAGGAGUCCAGCCCGUGUUCAGACAUGUCCAGCUACGAAGAGCCGCAGUCUCCUUUGUCAGUUGCCAGCUCAGGACCCCUUGCACCCGCUCCAGUCUCCGCUCAGGUCCCUGUCCGUCAGCCAAGCAGGGCCUUGGACCAGGAGGGCGUCUCUGGGAGAGAUGCCCCGUCGCUCUGUGAACGCUUUCUACCCAGCGACCCCACCAAGUGGAACGUGGAGGAAGUUUACGAGUUCAUCCGCUCGCUGCCAGGCUGUCAGGAAAUUGCAGAUGAGUUUCGCUCUCAAGAGAUCGAUGGACAGGCUUUGCUCUUAUUGAAGGAGGACCACUUGAUGAGCACCAUGAACAUUAAGCUGGGACCAGCACUUAAGAUCUUUGCACGCAUCAACAUGCUCAAAGACUCAUAGCAAGAACCUCUCUGUUUGUAUAGAUUGUAGCACUGACAGCACACAUUACUAACUGCACUACAGCCUUUCAUUUUUGGACUUCUUUCCCUUCAAUUUGACUUGAACCUCCAAGUGCAUUGCCUUUUCUGCGUGCCAUCUCUGGCUUGGAAAAACCAUCAUACAUGUAAACAUCUGUAUUCAGUUUAAACGUGGAGCUCUGUUAAAGGGCAGAGUUCUGAGGGCUUCGACUGAUUAUUUGUGCCUGUGCUGGGUCACACCGCAUCACAGUUGGUGCUGAUUUAGCUCAGAACACAAGUGACGUCUGAAUUUAUUAUUGGCGUUUUGGAGCGCUUUUCUUGGCGUGCGAAUGAUGGGGAGAUGGCUGCUGGGAGCACAAGAUGGCACUCAUUAAUUGACUCAUUUUUAUUCAGUGUACGAUCCUUUCCCUUUCACUCUAAUAUCUUCCUAAUAAGACUUAAACAAAAAGCUUAAAAGCAGAGACACUAUUCAGGCAGCUUCUUUAGACUUUUUUUUUUUACUUUCAGUUGCCAAUUUUAUCCUGUAUAUUUAAACUG